CUGCUGCCGGGAGCUGGGAUCGCGCUGUUUUUCGGCCAUGGCCUCGGAGAAGCGGCUCGAGGUGGUGACCUGCACCGCGCCGGUCAACAUCGCGGUCAUCAAGUACUGGGGAAAGCGAGACGAGGAGCUGAUCCUGCCCAUCAACUCCUCUCUGAGCGUCACGUUGCACCAGGAUCAGUUAAAAACCACCACAACGGCCGCCAUCAGCAGGGACUUCACAGAGGACCGGAUUUGGCUAAAUGGCCGGGAAGAGGACGUGGGGCAACCGCGCCUCCAGGCCUGCCUGAGGGAGAUCCGUCGCCUGGCCCGCAAGCGGAGGAGCGACGGCCACGAGGACCCGCUGCCCCUCAGCCUCAGCUACAAGGUGCACGUGGCCUCGGUGAACAACUUCCCCACGGCCGCGGGCCUGGCCUCCUCAGCGGCAGGCUACGCCUGCCUAGCCUACGCCCUGGCCCGGGUCUAUGGCGUGGAGAGUGACCUGUCGGAAGUGGCCCGCAGGGGCUCGGGCAGCGCCUGCCGCAGCCUGUACGGCGGCUUCGUGGAGUGGCAGAUGGGGGAGCGGGCCGACGGGAAGGACAGCAUCGCCCGUCAGGUGGCCCCCGAGUCACACUGGCCGGAACUCCGUGUCCUCAUCCUCGUGGUGAGCACCGAGAAGAAGCCGACGGGCAGCACGGUGGGCAUGCAGACCAGCGUGGAGACCAGCGCCCUGCUCAGGUUCCGGGCCGAGGCGCUGGUGCCGGCACGCAUGGCCGAGAUGACCCGCUGUGUCAGGGAGCGCGACUUCCAGGCCUUCGGCCAGUUGACCAUGAAGGACAGCAACCAGUUCCACGCCACCUGCAUGGACACCUUCCCGCCCAUCUCCUACCUCAACGACACGUCCCGGCGCAUCAUUCAGCUGGCGCACUGCUUCAACGCGCACCACGGGCAGACCAAGGUGGCGUACACGUUUGACGCGGGCGCCAACGCUGUGAUCUUCACCCUGGACGACACUGUGGCCGAGUUUGUGGCUGCCGUGAGGCACACCUUCCCCCCCGAGUUGAACGGAGACAAGUUUCUGAAGGGGCUGCCCGUGGAGCCUGUCCCGCUCUCGGAUGAGCUUAAGGCUGCGCUGGGUACGGACCCCACCCCCGGGGGCAUCAAAUACAUCAUUGCCACUCAGGUGGGACCCGGGCCUCAAGUCCUGGAUGAUCCUGGCGCUCACCUCCUGGGUCCCGAUGGUCUGCCGAAGGCAGCCGCCUGACCGCCUCCUCGACGGAGCCCUGGCCGCCACCGGGAGAAGAGGCCGCUUUGCUGGGACUGGGAACCGGGUGUGGCGGCUGCCCGGCGUGCUUGUUGGGAUUUGUGCGUGGCCGCCUGGCUCCGGGCUGUGGCCUAGUUGGACAGUGGGACAACGCCUGCAGGUGCCCAGGCGGUCAGGAGCAGGGCCGCCAGGUGUCUCACCUUUCCCCGACCUGCGCCCAGCACCUUGCUGAGAUGGGAGCCUGGUUCCGGAUCCAAGCACUGGGGGACCGAGCCGGCCAGUGGGGAGCUGCCAGUGCAUCGCCAAUAAAGGGCUCUGGCCCUGAACUCGGGGGUCACUCCCACUGCCCCCAACAGCAGCUUGACCACUGGAGAUGAUGGCGUGUCAGGGGUCCCCCCUCGGAGCUGGAGCACGGGCCACCGCACAGGGUGCGACCUCAGGACACCCCCGUGAAGUGCUCCGCCUGACCCUGAGCCCAGGCCCCCGAGUGGGUACAGGGUGUCUUCACAGAAAGACCCGCGUUGUGUCUGUGGGGACCGGGGAGCAGCACCAAGGCCGCAGUAAAGGCAGUUCGACGAGC